CAUCGAAAAAUCUAUCCUUUUUGUUCCUUCUCCGGCGUAUCUCCGGGGAAAUUGGUCAUCGGUAAUCACGGCUAUUUACGGGAUAAAGUCACGGCCUUUGAGCUUUCAUGUCCAACGAAAGGGUUGUUUAAUCAUAACUAAUCCUUUGCCGCACGGAGGACGUGGAGCUCUGCCGUCUGAAGGCGGCAGUCCUUCCGAUCUCCUCUUCCUCGCCGGAGGCGGUUCCACAAAUCGCCACUAACCUUAACCCUCGUUUCCUUUAUUCUAGUUAGGUUUUUAGUUCUUAAUCCUGUAUAAAUCUGUUACCUCGAGAUUCAAAAAUUUGUGAGUAAUGUUGUUGAAGAUCAAAAGAGUUCCUACAGUUGUGUCGAAUUACCAGAAAGAUGAGACAGUGGAAGAAGGUGGAUGUGGUCGGAAUUGUCUGAGCAAGUGUUGCAUCAAUGGGGCAAGACUUCCUUUAUAUACUUGCAAGAAUCUUGAUAAAUUCGUCGGAGAGAAGUUAGAAUCUCCGGUGACGUUCCUCGAAUCCUUAGUUCUUGGAGAGUGGGAAGAUCGUUUCCAAAGAGGACUUUUUCGCUAUGAUGUCACCGCCUGCGAAACCAAGGUUAUACCGGGGAAGUACGGUUUCAUUGCGCAGCUGAAUGAAGGUCGUCAUCUCAAGAAGAGACCAACCGAGUUCCGUGUUGACAAAGUUCUUCAACCAUUUGAUGGAAACAAGUUCAAUUUCACUAAAGUUGGUCAAGAAGAGUUGCUUUUCCAGUUUGAAGCUAGCAAUAAUGAUGAUGAUAGUGAACUCCAGUUCUUGCCGAGUAUCCCUCUAGACGCGGAUAAUUCUCCAAGCGUCGUUGCAAUCAAUGUGAGUCCGAUUGAGUAUGGACAUGUGUUGCUGAUUCCUCGUGUUCUUGAUUGCUUGCCUCAAAGGAUUGAUCACAAAAGCCUUUUGCUUGCUCUUCAAAUGGCGGCUGAAGCCGCUAAUCCGUAUUUCCGACUUGGAUACAACAGUUUAGGCGCUUUUGCUACCAUCAACCAUCUUCACUUUCAGGCUUACUAUUUUGCAAUGCAAUUCCCGAUUGAGAAAGCUUCUUCCUUGAAGAUCAAUACCACCAAUAAUGGCGUCAAAAUCUCAAAACUCUUGAAUUACCCUGUGAGAGGUCUUCUAUUUGAAGGUGGAAAUUCCAUUAACGAUCUCUCUGAUACUGUAUCAGAUGCAUCCGUUUGUCUUCAGAACAACAACAUUCCUUUCAACAUUCUCAUCUCUGAUUCUGGAAAACAAAUCUUCCUUCUCCCUCAGUGUUACGCAGAGAAACAAGCUUUAGGGGAAGUUAGCUCGAAGCUAUUGGAUACGCAAGUGAAUCCAGCGGUUUGGGAGAUGAGUGGACACAUGGUAUUGAAGAGGAAAGAAGACUACGAAGGAGCUUCAGAAGAGAAGGCAUGGAGGUUACUAGCUGAAGUUUCUUUAUCAGAGGAGAGAUUCAAAGAAGUUAACACUAUGAUCUUUGAGGCAAUUGGUUUAAGUAGUCAUGAAGAAGAAGAAGGAGAGGAGCUUGAAGAGCAGAGUUCGAUGAAUGGUGGCAGCUUCAUAAGAGUGCAUUGUCCUUCAGUGAAAGAAGAGGCUGUCUCUAAUUGAGAGGUGCUUUAUAACCAAGCAAAAACAAAACUCUCUUCGUGAUACUUGCGUUUGACAUUUAUUGUUUUGUUGUCUUUUUAUUUUCGUAUUGGCUUUGUUAAGUCUUUGGUCGUGUGACCUUUGAAUCAAUAAAAUUGAAAUCAACUA